AUGAAUGACGGUUUACUUGCUAAACAUGCACAUAUGAAUACAGCCGCCAUUCCGCCAUCUGCCGAGGACUUGGCACAAAAGCAUCAGUCGUUGCUGCAGGAAUACUCUCGGUUGAAAGCUAAGCACACGGUUCUGAAAAAGGCGGCACUCAAGGAACAAGCCAACAAGGCGCUAUUGCAGAAUAAUGUCAAAGAGAAGGAAAAGGAGCUUAGGAAGUUACAAGAGCAGCUUGAUCUUUUGAGUUUCCACAAUGAACGUUUGACAAAGCGAAUUGAUGCUGUUCAGGGUACCGAACAAAAAGGAUCCCAUUUUUCACUUUUGGGUGGUGCAGUAAAGAAAGAACUUGAACGCAGUACACAAGCUUUGGAUGCGAUGAAUGUGGAUUUGGCCAAGAAGAUUGAGGAAAAUGAACGGCUGCAUGAUGAAUUAUCCGAGAACCAUCACAUUUAUACGGAUCACGUCAACGGGUUGCAUUUGACCAUCGCCAAAUUGGAGAAGCGAGUUGAGGAAUUGCAAGUGGAGAUAUCCACCAUUCAAAAGGACUCCCGUGAAAAGGCAACGACUUUGAAGAAGGAGAAGGAGAGCUUGCAGUCUCAAGUCGACUCUUUGAAGAAGGACAUAAAAGACAAGACUAUUACACUGAAGGAGAAUGAACAGACGAUGGUCCAAGGAGACAAGGAGCUACGAUUGGAAAUCGAGAGUUUGCGAGCUAUCUUAUUGGCAAAAGCGGGUGACAUUGAAGGACGUGAAGAUGAAGACGAAGGAUUGCCCAAGCUCGCUGACGUGAUUCCAGCAUGUGAUGCAUUGAAGAUAUUGGAGGAACAAGCCAAAAAUUACAUUUAUGCUCUACGUGAACAAACGGCAUUGAAAGGUUUACCACACGAGAUUGCUGCCAAGCUCAAAACAUCGAGUGAGACAUGGUCUGAGCAAGUACAGAAUUUGGCAAAGCGAUUGGAGGAAAGUGAAGCCCGAGUGAAGGAGUUGUUGAAUGCAAGCCAAGGAGAAAAGGCGGAGUCAUCGGAUCAGAUUGCUUCAUUGCAAAAGAAUAUUGAGGAUCUCAAGGAAGAGUUGAAUCAACGACACACUUUGGAACAAACCGAGCAGUUGGAAAGGGCAAAUCGAGAACUAGAGCAGCGAAACAAGGAAUUGGAUGAACGCAACGCUGAGCUAGAGGGGAUUAUCAAGAAGCAGGAAACUGAUCUCACAGAUGUGAGGCGGCAACUCGAAGAAUCGUUGGAGAUGAAUAAGACAUUGCAAAAGGAUCUUGUCGACAAGGAAACCCAAGCCAAUAUUGUUACCCCUGCAGCACCAGCACCAGAUGCAGCACCAAAAGAUACCAGUGAGGACGAAGAUGAUGGCGUUUUUGUAUACCGCAGCAAUGAGACAACCAAUACACAGCAACCACAAGAAGAGGAGGAAGAAGAGGAUGAUGAAGUAUUUGUUUAUCGAGGACAAGAUGCACCAGAAGAAACAACAGCAUCCGAAGAGCAACAACAACAACAGCCUAAUACACCUUCAGCAACACAAGCAACAUUUGAAGAGAAGUAUACACAAACCGAACAGCAUCCACAAGAUGAGAAGCAAACACAAACCGAUACGACUGGUCAGCAGCAACAGCAUGAUGAGAAGCAAACGCAAACGGAUGAGCAGCCUAUUCACCAUGAUGUAAAAGAGACCCAGACCGACAAAGAGCAGCUACCUGAUUACCUUGACGAGCAAACACAAACCGAUCAGAUGGCUUGUUUGGAUGAGAAACAGACACAAACCGAAAAGCGCAAUACUACAGAUACAGCAACUGAUGCUUUACCACCUCCACCACCAGCACCUCCAGCAGCAGCAGCGAACGAAUCCGUUGAUGUCGAUGCACAGCAAGCAGCCAUGGAAGCGCAUUAUGAGAGUCAGCUCAAGCAGCUCAAUGAAAAGCUUGAGAUGGCUGACAGCAAAGCCUUACGAUUUUCACAAAUGGUGCAAGCACUUAAAGAACGGCUCACUUCAGAAGGUGAACAACGGAGUCAUUUGGAGCAAGAAAAUGAACGUCUACAAAAAGAAGUUGAUAGAGUCAAGGAACACCUUGAGACUACAGAAAAGAACUAUCAGGAUCAGAUUGCGAUGAUGACUGAAAACUUUCUCACACAGCUCAAUGAUCUACAACAGCAACAGCAACCACCCAUCGCUCGAUAG